CUGGUCCGCGAUCCCUUUUCCAUUUCCCCUCCCACGGCCGCUUGCUCGCACGCUCGCUGGUGAAGAGCUGCAGCUGCGUCAGCGGCGGCGGCUGCUUUGCUGGCGCGCGCGUGCCUCCGACCCACCCCGCGCCGUCGUGGGAUCUGAGGAGGUCCGGGGAGCGCGAAGAGGGAGGGGGCCUCCCGACCCUUGGGGGGGGGGGGCAGGACUCGCGCGGCAGGCCCCCGCUCUCUGCGACGGCAGAGCGGACACCAGCCCUACAGAGGAUGUGCUGUGUGGCUAUCUAAGAGGUAACGACAGGUGUGUAAAAAGAGGAGGGCAGUUUGUAUAAGCAGUGAACCACUACGUUCUAGUACAGAUUCAGAGGUUGGAGAAAUGAACUUCCAAGAAUCUGAGGUGACAUCAAAUUCUAUAUUUGAGCACCAAUCAUUCCCUAAGAGCAUGGCUGAAAGCAUGAAUGUUAGCAAGACAAGGCUGUGUGGGAAAAUUCUGAAGAAGCUCAUGGAUCACAAAGGUGGUUGGCUUUUCCACAAACCAGUUGACCCUGUUCUUUAUGGGAUUCCUGAUUACUUUGAUGUUAUCCGUAAUCCAAUGGACUUGGGUACUGUUAAAAAGAAACUCUCAGACAAGAAAUAUGUUAUGGCUAGUGAGUUUGCAGCAGAUAUGCGACUUACAUUCGCAAAUGCAAUGAAGUAUAAUCCCCCAGGAAAUCAUGUCCACGCAGUUGCUGAACAGUUAAAUAGAAUAUUUGACUCAGAAUGGCGAUCGGUGAUAAGAAAAUGGAAUGUCAGGAACCCAGUACAAGAGCAGAAACUGAUGAAGGCAACAAAGCCUCAAGCUGCCAUGAAAUUGAAAUCUUUGAUUACUGAACGGCUGGUCACAUGCUCAAAUUCACUGGCAAAGGAGCCAUCAAUAAAUGCAAUAUCCUCCAAAGUAAAAAUUAAAUUUUUUGUCCGAGGCUCUGAGAACACCUCUCUCAAAGCUGGUAGCCAAGAGUGCUCUAUAGAUAAUUCACUCGCUUCAACCAAGGAGAAUGAUAAAAUAUCAAGAACACAAUCAAAUGAGAACAGGGUUUUAUCAAAUGGAAAUGAGUCAGGGUCUUGCAAUUCUGUUGCUUCUUCUGAACAAGGAGAGGAAAGUUAUGUACACCUUGAACCUUUGUCACCCAGUAAGGCCCUCCGUAUAGCGAUGCUCAAGAGUCGUUUUGCUGGAACAAUCGUGAAGGCACAACAAAAUGCACUUCUGGAUCAUGGGAAGGAAGUAGACAUUGCAAAGUUGCAGUUGGAAAAGGAGAGACUGGAAAAAAGGCAGCAGGAAGAGAAAGCAAGAAUUGAGGCCCAGGUAAAGGCUGCUGAAGCUGCUGCGCAAUUAAAGGUAGAGGAAGAAAUAAGGACGAAGCGCGAAAAGGAAAGAAAGGCUGCACGACUGGCACUGCACAUGAUGAAGAAGACUGUUGAUAUUGACAAUAGUGACUUUCUGAAGGACCUGGAGAACUUGUGCCAAAAGUGGCAAUUGAAUCCUCCAAGCAAAUUGAUCGUAGAUUUUGUCAAUGGGAUUGAGUUGCCAGAGGGCCUAGGGAGCCCACUGGAGGCACUUGGCCUAUUCAUCAAGAAAGAUCUUGAGGAAGAGGUUGAUCAUGAAAUGGAGGACAGUGUAUCAACCUCCCUGAACGCUGAUGUUGAGGAAGGAGAGAUCAGCUGCUCUCAAUAGCAUACCUCUAUCCAAACUGUGAACCUGGGAUUGUAGGAUUAUGUGUGUGCAAUGUAAUCUAUUCCGCCUCCACGCAACCUCAUAAGCAGAGUAAAAUGUCAGUUCAUGUGGUCUGCUGUGUCAUCUAACCUAGUUGCCCCAGAAUCUCUGCCGUAUGCUGGAGUAGAAUAAUUUGGGCAUCGCCAUCACUUUUGUGGUUGUCAUGCGCCAAUGUAUGUUAUAGGUGGUCAUAGGCUAUUCAGACAAGCUACUCAUUGGACUUUCUAUAAAAAAAUAAAAAAGAAUAGUAUCAGUGUAUAGUUA